AUGCUAUUGCGCAUUGCAGCCACCCUACCUCCUUCUCUGGACAUGGGCAACGACAUCAUGUAUUGGGGGUGGUCGGGGGAUGGUCGCUUCACCACCAGCUCGGCAUAUGACUAUUUGGCGGGAUCACAGCUAGAGAAUAAUGGGCGCAUAUGGAAAUAUAUUUGGAGCUGGUCUGGUCCCCAAAGGAUUCGGCAGUUCAUGUGGCUGGUGGUUAAAGAUCGACUGCUUACCAAUGACGAAUGCUUCUGCCGGCAUCUAGCAGAGAGUGCCACCUGUGUUUUAUGCGGGGCCACACGCGAGACGAGAACUGGGCCUGCAUGUUUGGGAUCACGCUAUGGAACAUAUGGCGUGGCCGGAAUUCCUUCAUUUUCGAGAAAACCGGGCUGA